AUGUCUAAACAUAACACGUUUAAAAAUCUUGUAAAACUGAAUGGGAUGUUGAAAAAGGAAGAAAUUCUCGUGUUGUUUUUCCACAGUUGUAUUUUGGAUAAUAAUUUUAUAUACAAACUGAAUGACGAAAAAAAUAUCAAGGUAUUAGAAAAUAAGGAGAAAAUACAAGUUUCAUCAGAUGGAUAUAUAAAACAUAUGAUAGAUAGUGACAAUGAGAAAUUUUUUGUAAGUCGAAUAUUAAUAGAGCCUGAUUGGAGGAAUAAUUCUAAUAAUUACAAUUUUAUGUACAAAAGUGCAGAAAAGAAUUAUACAUAUAAUUUGAAUAUAUUAAAAAUAGAAAAUUCGUUAGUUUUGCAAAUUAUUGACACUGCACAGCCAUCCAUAGUCCACUCAGUUACAAUUGAUAUGGACAAAUAUAUAAAUAAUUGCAGUGCUGAAAAAAACAUAACUGAUAAUAUUGAAGAAAGUAUACAGAUAGAAAAGUUAGAAAAAAUAUUUCAGACACACAUAUUAAGUAAUAUGAAAAAUGGAAAUGACAAUAACAAUGAUAAUAAUCGGAAAGGCCUGAAAGGCAUUACUGUUGAACCCAAUGCAAAUGAGUACUCUAAGAAUAUUUUUCGCGCAGACAAAGACUUAUAUCUUUUACAAAAUUUCAAUGACGAUUAUUUUGAUGAUAAGAAUCCAUCCAUUGGACGAAAUUUGAUUCCAGAUCUUAGAAACAAUAUUCCUGUUUUAAAACCAGAUGGAUUAUUAGUAGGACCCGAUAAUAAAUUUUUUAAUCAGAAGAAUUUGCGUUAUGACCCUAUUGGACCAUUUGGAAAUGAACCUAAUUCUGACAAUAAGCCCUUUGAAUUUCAAAAUAAUUUCCCCUUUUAA